GAAUAAUAAGCAGCAGAGAAGCGUUAUGAAACCCGGCAUGAGCAGCUUGUGUAACACGUUCACAUACCAAACAGUCCUUCAUCGGUUUUGUAACGUAGGUCGCUGCUGCUUUGUGUCGGGAGUUUUUAUUUAUGAUGACGUGUUCCGGUUUUUACAAAUAAUAAAUACGUCGUGUAUGAUCAAUACGUUAAAAAGUGGCAGCUUAAGUGAAAUAUGUCUGUAGUCGGAGAUAUGAAAGUCAUUGAUCAGGUCCGAGAGUUGUUAAGAGAGCUGAUACUGGGUCGUGAAGAUCCGGACGGGUUCUUCUGUCUCUGUCUGUCAUUGCUGGGGGACACAGAGACCCGAACACUGUUUCUGGACCUGAUCAAACCUCUUUUACCUGCACAUGAACAUCUUCACAGUCAACUGACUGCCAUGUUUCUGGACUAUUUCUCAAAGGAUGAAGAAGAUGAAUUCGAGUUGGCACUAACACUUUCUCUUCAUGAAACCAAACAAGAGAUGCAGACCUCAGAUCAUCAUCCUUGUGUGACUUUCAAAAAUAAACCGGAGAAACAGCUGAUCUCAAAAUGUACCAUAGACAAUGCACCACAUAAAACCACAUCUACUAUAAAGGAGCAAAAUCCCAAACAACAUUUUGGUGAGAACAAUGACAACAGCAUUCAAGUCAAAAACUCUGACCAAUCAAGGUCACAGAGGCGACGUCAACGUAAAAAGCAGAAUUUGUUAAAGAACCCAUCAGGCCCACGACCUGUUCUGCUGUGGCUCAGACGGGACCUCCGUAUGCGGGAUAACCCUGCUCUGAUUGGUUGCCUGGAGCUUGGAGCACCAAUCAUACCUGUGUACCUGUGGAAUGAGGUGGAGGAAGAGGGUCCGGGGGUCACCGUCACAGCUGGUGGAGCAUCAAAAUACUGGCUGCAUCAUGCGCUCGUGAGUCUUAACGUCUCUCUUGAGCAGCGUGGGAGCCAUCUGGUGACCUGUAAGGCAGAGACGUCAUGUUUGGUGACGCUGCAGGGGUUGAUAGCAGAGACAGGGGCAGGAUCAGUUGUGGCAACUGCCCUGUAUGAGCCGUGGCUGAAGGAACGAGAUGACAACGUGUGGGAGACACUGGAAAAACAAGGAAUUAAGUGCCACGUCUACCACUCCUACUGUCUAAGAGACCCAUACACGGUCACCACACGGGGUGUUGGACUACGAGGUAUUGGCUCUGUCUCCCACUUCAUGAGCUGCUGUCAGCAGAAUCUUGUCAGUUCACCGAGUACUCCGCUGGAUUCCCCUGGCGCUCUGCCUGUUCCCUCAUCGUGGCCUCAGGGAUGCCCACUCGUAGACCUGGGGCUGGCACGUAUGCCACGCAGAAAAGAUGGCACAGAGAUCGACUGGGCUGUGAACAUUCGAAGCUCAUGGGACUUCAGUGAGGAAGGGGCACAUGCUUGUCUUGAGGCUUUCCUACGAGAUGGUGUGUACCGGUAUGAGAAGGAGUCAAGUCGUGCAGAUGCCCCCAACACCAGCUCUCUGUCUCCAUAUCUGCACUUCGGGCAGCUGAGUGCACGCUGGGUGUUAUGGGAUGCCCGUGGGGCUCGCUGCAGACCUCCGAAAUUCCAGCGCAAACUAGCCUGGAGGGAUCUGGCGUACUGGCAGCUUUGUCUUUUUCCAGACCUGCCCUGGGAGUCGGUCAGACCACCAUACAGGGCUCUCCGCUGGAGUUCAGAUCGCGCCCAUCUGAAAGCGUGGCAGCGUGGGGGCACAGGAUACCCGCUGGUAGAUGCAGCGAUGAGACAACUGUGGCAAACCGGCUGGAUGAACAACUACAUGAGACACGUGGUGGCCUCCUUCCUCAUUGCCUAUCUGCAUAUACCUUGGCAGGAAGGAUAUCGCUGGUUUCAGGAUACGCUGGUAGAUGCUGAUGUGGCCAUAGAUGCCAUGAUGUGGCAGAAUGGAGGAAUGUGUGGCCUGGAUCACUGGAAUUUUGUCAUGCACCCUGUUGAUGCAGCGCUGACCUGCGACCCCUAUGGGAAUUAUGUGCGGCAGUGGUGUCCUGAACUGAAGGAACUUCCUGAUGGUCUCAUCCAUAAACCAUGGAAAUGUCCAGCCUCAAUGCUGCGAAGAGCAGGUGUGAUCUUAGCGGAAAAUUACCCAGAACGGAUGGUUGUUGAUCUUGAGGAGCGACGUGCACAGUCUCUUCAGGAUGUCACGUCUGUGAGAAGGUCUUUUAAAGAGUUUGUAGACCAGCGCUCAGGCUGUGAUCUGGUCCCUCUGCCUCCCAGACUCGUGCAUGAAGCUUUAGAUGGUACAGAGGACGUUAUGAGUUGUGAAGGAUCUGGGUUCCUCCUUCCAGUAAUCACACGCAUGGAGUUCAAACAUCAGUUUGAUGGUCCAGACGGUCAAAGCAACCCGCACAGUGCCGUGUUAAAGGGUUACGUCAGCCGUAAGCGUGAUGAAACGAUCGCUUUUUUGAACGAGCGAGACUUCACGGCCAGUGUGAUGAGUGAGAACGCACAGCGUAGAGAGAGGUUAGAGAGAGACUGUCGUCUUCUGGAGGGUCUGCCUCCCCCCACAGCAUCACGAGGACGGGCCAGGCGGACCUCAACCAGAGACACUUACAGCAGAGUGCCUGGAGGUGUCGCCAUUCCCCACAAAUAACAGAUUGACUGUAAACCUUUCCACUCUUUUAAAAUGAUUGUGGUUACAAUUGUUACGAUGAGGAAUAUUUAUUGAAACUUUCUUCUCUUUGGUUGGUUAUUAUUCUACAAAGAAUCUGUUUAGGUUUUUUACUCAAGCCUAAGCUAGUAUUGCUUGUAUCUCAGGUAGGGGUGUCACAAUAUACCGGUAUUGACAAUACCAUUACAUAAACCCCAAAUGUUUUCAGAUAUCACGGAAAUAGUGCACAUGUCAAUAUCGUAUAAAAUCAGCAACCAUUGACAUUUUUACCUUAAGAGCCAGAGUGGUGUUUUUCUGCCUCCCUACUCUUGUUUUUUUUUUAUAUAUAUAUAAUUUAUUGAUCAAAAUAAAUAAAACAAACAAUACUUAAGAUAAAUUACACUAAUAGUAUUGUUAAUUUAUUUAAUUAAUAGAUAUUGCAAUAAUAUUGUUUUCCGCGAGCUCUUAGCAACGGGAACUGUGUAUUGGAGUUUUGAUACCGUGACAUGCUUAAUCUCAGGGUUGGGUUUACAAUUUACAUUUAUUUAUUUAGCCUUCGCUUUUAUUCAAACUUAGAAAUUUAACAUUUAGUCAAAGAGUUAAAAUCAAGUGCAUUUUACAAAGUCAUGUUUACAAGUAGGACUAGAGGUUUUAGCUAGAAAAUGUUUUAUUUACAUUUUAAAGGCUUUGUUUACAAUAAAAGCAUACAUUUACACAGUGAAAGCUUUAUCAUACUUGGACAACAAUGGUUUGACAUAAUUUUCCUUAUAAUUUGUGCUACAGACACGAAUGAUACCUCAAAUCACAUGUACUGUUUAGAAGUGUGCUAUUACUUUAUAAGCUAUCUGAUAUUUUGCUGGUUGCAAUAAAUUUGAGCAAAAAUCUCAGACUUGCAUUGAAAAAGACUCAAGUCAUAUAUAAUGCUUAGAAUAUCUGAGAGAUCAAAAAAUAUAAUUUGUAUUAUCAAUUUGCAUGAUCAGAUUCUGUCAUAUGCAGCUGUGACCAGCCUAUUUUUUAUGCAUUUAAUUUUCUUGAUGUUUUUAUAUCAAAACAGAUACAGUAGAACAGAGGUAUUCAACUUUUUUUAGACCAAGGACCCUUAAUGUAUAGAGAGGAGGAAGGACCCCUAGUACAUGAUCAAAUUAAGACUGUAUUACGUUACAAAUAUAUUAAAAUAUUAUAUAUUUUAUUAUAUACAUAUUAAAUAUAUUUUUUUCUGUAUAAACAUACAGCAUACUACAAAACAUUUUAAAUUUACUGAAUAGAUUUUAACAGAGAAACCUUAAUUUCAUUCGUUUUAUAUUAUUUUAUAUGGGAACAUUCAUUUCAAUCAAGCAUUUAUAAUUUUUAUAAGACUAUUAAUGCCUAAUUUCUUUUUCCAAAAUAAUUAUUUUGAAUUCAAAGAAUAUUUGGAGGACCC